AUGACCCUCACACCCAAAAAUGCAGAUGACAGCUGCCUCAUAAAUCAAACUGUCCCGGCGGAGGGGGGUUUAUUCACCUCUUCACCGGUGCACCUUGACGAAAAGAGUCAACUUCCUAAUAUCAAUCCCAAUUCUGGUGGGGGCCCAGAAGACCAAACUGGACAUUCCCACCCCGUGGGAAAUGCAACCGCAGGUGUAGCCUCUUCAUCUUCAUCCUCUCUAUCCAACGGUGAUGACGAAGAUGAAUUCCCAGAAGGAGGCCUCGAGGCUUGGCUUAUUGUUCUUGGUUCUUUCUGCGCCAUGAUGUCGGUCUACGGACUCAUCAAUGUCGCUGCAGUCUUCGAAUCAUACUUCUCAACUAACCAAUUAGUCGGUUACAACUCAUCCACCAUUGGCUGGAUUUUUAGUGUGUACUUGUUCAUCGUCUUCUUCGCCGGCAUCCAAGUUGGUGCCGUCUUUGACAGGUAUGGACCUAGAUGGCUAGUUGCUGUCGAAUAUUACCAAAUCCUUCUCGCGUAUUCCGUACUUGGCGGCCUAGGAGGCGCCUUACUCAACGUGCCGGCCUAUGGCGUGAUAGCGCACUUUUUCAAGGAGCGUCGAGGCUUCGCGACCGGAAUCGCCGCAACUUCCGGAUCCGUUGGUGGCAUCGUAUUCCCUAUUUUCAUGCAAGCUGUCAUUCCUAAGCUGGGUUUUGCAUGGACCACCCGCAUCAUCGGCUUCAUCCUACUAUUCUUAUCUGUCAUCGCCAACCUACUAGUGCGGUCUCGACUACCCCCUAGCAUCCAUCCGCUUCGCGUGCUACCCGACUGGUCCCUCUUUCGCGACCUUAAAUUCACGUUCUGCUGCGCUGGUAUCUGGUUUAUGGAGUGGGGCAUAUUCACCCCACUGACCUACAUCGUUUCGUAUGCCGCGGCCCACGGCCAAAAUCCAAACGACGCAUACACGCUCUUAGCACUGCUCUGCGCGGGAUCCUUCUUCGGUCGGUUCUUACCGGGGUUCCUAGCGGAUAGGUUUGGCAGGUUCAACGUGAUCACGUUAACAAACGCGCUGUGUGUGAUUACAAUCCUGGCCUUCUGGCUUCCAGCGGGUAACUCGCAUAGUAUGCUCCUCGCCUUCGCGAUUACUUUCGGCUUCGCUUCGGGUAGUAAUCUAGGGUUGUACCCUGUGUGCAUUGGCCAACUAUGCGACGCUCGCGACUAUGGUCGCUUCUUCUCCACGGCCAUGAUGGUCGGUAGCUUCGGCACCUUAAGCAGUCUCCCUAUUGCUGGUGCGCUACUAGGCGUCGGGAAGAAUGAAGAACAGGGGUGGCUGGCUCUGAUUCUCUUUGCGGCGCUGUCUUACUUCAUCGCUAUGAGCUGCUUCCUCGGCGCUAGGGUGCUGGCAGUUAGUUGGGGAGUGAAGAAAGUAUACUAA